AUGCAAGUGGCAACCUGCCCAAAACCUGCCGCAGGUCUCGUUGUCACGGUGGAGGAAGAGGUUGAAGUGAAAGCACCCGACAUACAGGAGUUGGAGUUUGUGAAGGAACUCUUCUCAGUCUUCGUUUGGCGGUUUAUGGCCUUGAGCAAGGUCACCAGGUGUUCAGUUCUUUGUCAUCUCGGGCAAUCUCCAGCGGGGAAGUGGCUCAAUAAAGACAAAAACAUCGGAGCGCUCGGGUUUUUGGACUCCGAGCAGAAACGAAUUCUCUUCUGGCUCUGGUUCGAUGUUCGUCGAGUGCGCCGUGGGUGA